AUGUCUUACGCUUAUCUAGCUUCCACACCGGGAUUGAAGUUCAAUUACUCUUUAUUCAGCGUACCCGCAGGAUGGGUAGUGGGUAUGGCUCCUCUGUGGUACGCUAUAGGUGCAGCUAAUUCCGCUGCUCCUGGUACAUACCAAAAUGCAAACCCCGGUGAAAGUUGGAACAACCUAGACUCGGCACCUAUAUCCCAGCAGCUUAGAAGAAGGAUCAAACGUGCUGUUGCAGCCAAUAACAAUACUCACGUUAAUCUCCCUCUGUUUGCAGCUGGUUUAGCAGCGGCCAACGCUUCCCAUGUCGACUCCGCUUCUCUUCAUUUGUACUCGGCUGGAUUCUUGGUUAGCAGAGUAGCAUAUAAUCUGGCUUAUAUCCUUAUCGAAGAAGAGAGCUAUUCAUGGUUCCGAAGUAUCUUCUAUUGGACAGGUGUUGGAUCAUGUUUCGCUCUGUAUGUCAAAGCUGCCUUGAAAUACAAGUCUUUGCCUUGGUAG